AUGAACUACACCAUCAUUGAGUAUUUUCAAACAUGCUUCUUACUGCCCAACAUAAACUACCAGGCCAUCGCCUUCAACCUGAUCAACGUUCCCUUCAUUUUCCCCGUGUGCGUCUACAUCCUCUGUCUGGGGCUGCAGCGCUACAGGAGCAGAGCCCAGAUCAGCCACACCGACUUCUUCACCUACAACAUGGCGCUCAUCCAACUCAUCGGCAUCUUAGGGUCUUGUCUUUUAACAGGAAAUAUGACGUUCAUGAAUUCCACAAUUACAGUCACCGGGCCAGGAGAGGGCGCCAGAAACAGCCAGUCAAAGCAGAAGACGUUGAACAUGAUCUUGGUGAUCACCGGAGCGCUCCUGGUGAAGUUUGGAGGUGAGGGCGGAGGAGUGAGCCGAUCAAAGCAAAGAGCUUUCAACACCAUCAUGAUUAUCUUCUUGGCUCUCCAGCUCUGGCUUGGCGAGUCCAUAAUGAGAAAGGUGUUGAACACAACCAAUGUUCUGAAUGAUUUUGGGAUGUGCGUUCUCUAUCAGAUCACAUGUUGGUUUGAGGCUCCCAGCAGCCUCGUGUUACCACUACUGUUCCUGCACCGGGCCGGGAUACUUCCCAAGUGUAGGUUCCGAAAGAAUAUUGGCGUGAAGAGCGUGAAUGAGUGA